CGGACUAAAACAGCCUGCGACUACUGUAGGAAAAGGAAGUCCAAGUGUAACGGAGAAAACCCCUGUUCAAACUGCUUGACUCACAGCAAAGACUGUACAUAUACUAAGAGGGUGUCCAAGUCUCUGUCUAAUUCCAAAGAUAAGAAGCAUAACCCCAAUUCCAUACAAGGACUCAAUAGUAGACUUUCUACUUUGGAAGGUCUUCUUUCUAAACUAGUGAAAAGACUCGACUCCAAAAGUCUAUUGGACCUUGGGAAUUCUAGAUCAGAUACAGUGUCUUUAAACUCGUUACCUUCUGAAAGUAACAGUGAGGACGAACAGGAGGAAGAAGAUUUUUCCAAAGAAUUGGUCCUCAACGAAAAAUCGUCCUGUCAAAUAGUGACUAGCGCCAGAGACAGAAUCUUACAGUACUUUGGUUCUCAUUCGAUGUUCUGUAUCUUUUCAGCAAAGUCGAUAAAAUGGAUGAAAGGCAGAAUAGAAGGUAAGGGCGAUGACUCCCUUCUUUUGCCAAUAAGAAACUUGCCUUACGCUCUUAACAGUGUAGUCCAGUCUAACAUGAAAGUAUGGGCUCAGUCUUUGCCAACUUCACCGUCCAAUAGCAAGUUCUUCUUCAACAAGAACGAAAAGAAUCUCAUUUUUGAGCUUCUUGAAUACUAUUAUGACGAUAUCAAUAUCGCACCCUACUUGUGCAGUUUACACACAAUUCGUGAAUUGUUCCAACUCUACUUCUACGCUUUGUCCAGUCAUGAUGUAGAUAUUCUUAACGGAAUAUCACAGAGUGAAUUCUUGAUUAUGAAUGUCUCUAUAGCUUUGUGUUUGACCAACAAGUCUGGAGAUGUGAAGGAUAAUCAUAAUUUCCCAGCUUUGUCAGCAGCAUCCAGUUCUGAUCUCGCCCAAUUCAAGCAGAAAAUGUUCUCCAAUGCUGUUGCAUGUUAUGAAAGAGUCUCUGUGGUCUGUGAGGGUAUAAGAACCAUCCAAGGUAUAGCAUUGGUCACUUUGUAUAUCGAAGCUAGUUUUAUUACUGAUUUCCAGAUUAACCACAUGUUGGUUUCUGUGAUGGUCAGGUUUGCUUGCGAUUUGGGACUUCACAGCACUGUUUCCGUUUCCAAAUACGAUGCUGAAGAACAUGCCCAUUUGAAAAGAAGGUUGUGGUGGUUUUGUGAAUACAUGGAUAGUGAAGUUUGCUACAGAAGUGGGAAAGCCACGUUGAUUAAUCGUGCAAAUGUGACAAUCUUAACCGAAGAAGAUGACUACUUCCUUUCUGUGCCUUUGGAUCCAUUCAAAAACGACGUCUGUAAGAAAAACUCAUCUGAACUAGUAGCAAACUGCCGUAAGUGGGGGUACCAAAAUUACUACAUCUACUACACUUUGAUGUUAUGCAGACUUAAAGAAAAGAGUUACAACAACUUGUUCAAACCUCAGGUUGCUCAUCAAAGCCAAGAGGAAUUAUUGAAAUCAUUGCAAGAUAUCAAUGAGGAUAUGUUCCGUAUGGCGAGAUUGAUGGAACCCGAAAUUAGACCAACAUUAUAUUAUGUCAAAAGACCAGAGUCUCCUAGCAGAAGUUGUUUCGCUGAACUUUCUGAAAGCAACAACAACUUUUUCCAGUACAGUUCUCUCUUGUUGCAGUUGUCUUUCUUUGCUCAUUUACUCUCAAUCAACAGGGUGCCCUUUAUGAACAACAUGUUUGAAAGCAAUGAAAAAACUAUCAAGUUUGGUAACUUGUCUUUGGAAAGUGCCAGAACCAUAUUGCAUCUCGUGGUAGAUUUGGAUAGAACAAAGGUUCCUAAUUCGAUCUUGAAUUGGGUCACUUUCUAUCCAUUUAUGGCAUAUUGCAGUCUUAUUGGCCACUGUUUGUCUUUCCCACAAGAAAACAGUACUCAUAUGGAUUGUACGUUGUUGAUUCGUGUAUCUUUGAACUUUUUUGCAUACAGAGGUCUUAAUGAAGAAGACAUAAGAACGUUUGGUGAAUCAAAAACAUAUGACAAUAAGAGUAUGAUGUACGACUUGAUCACACGUUUACUUUUGAGAGUGUUGGUCAAUUUGAUGGACAAAGAAUCCGAACAUCACUAUGCAAAUGAGAUCAAGGGUUUGAGCGACCACAUGGAAGCAUGUGCCAAUAUAUACCCUGACUUGUUCAAGAAG